AUGAUAGCUGAUAUACCAAUAACAAUCGAAUCUAUUAUACCAGCACAAGACAGAACAUUCAAUCCUGAAAUAAUAGGAACUGUGUCUACCGGUUAUAACGAAACAUGCAGAGUUAAGUGUAUUCCAAAUAAAAACCAGUUCUAUGUCAUGGGUGACAAACCUAUCAUCAAACAAAUGAACACAGAUGAGAAGUUGCUGGAUAAGAUUCCCACAAUGUCAGGAACUGAUCUAUAUGACCUGGCAGUAACCAAAGAGGGAUAUUUAGUGUACAUUGACAAACUGUCUAAAUACAUAAAUAUAAUAAUGAAGAGAGGCGAAAUAGGGUGCCUUAUUUCUCUGCAGGAAUGGACACCACUGGCUCUAUGCUCAUCCUCCAUUGAGGGUUUACUAGUUGCUAUGAAAUCUUCAAACAGCGGACAAAGUAAAGUAGUCCGUUAUGUUGACAGUACAGCCACACAAGAUAUACAAAAUAAUAGUGAAGGAAAAGCUCUAUACAGUAAUCCAUUCUGUAUCGAAGAAAACAAAAACUUUGAUAUCAUAGUGAGUGACUAUGAUGUAGGAAAGGUGGUCAUUGUAGAUAAAAAUGGUAAAUUUAGAUUCAGCUAUAUGAUGGAAACCUCCAGUCAAAGAGGUAUGCAAGAUUUGCACCACGUACUUUAG